CAGGCGGACUCGGAGCCGCCUCUGGAGCGGAGCGGGCCGGGAGGGGGCCAUGGACAGCCCCGCCGUGACCUUCACGCUGGCCUACCUGGUGUUCGCCGUCUGCUUCGUGUUCACCCCCAACGAGUUCCGCUCGGCCGGGCUCACCGUGCAGAACCUGCUGGCCGGCUGGCUGGGCAGCGAGGACGCGGCCUUCGUCCACUACCACCUGCGGCGGAGCACCGGCACCAUGCUGGCCCACGGCCUGCUGCCGCUCGGUUAUUACAUUGGCAUGUGCUUUGCAGCACCAGAGAAGCAGCUUUUCUAUUUUUACCAGGCCUCAGAAGGCUGGGAAAUAUUCUUCUUGCUGGCUGUUCUUGCUCCAACAGUCACUGGCAUCCUGGCGUAUUACUGGUCACGGAAUGGCUGGGAUAACCAUCCUUUAGCUCGGACACUUGCCUUUCAUGCUCUUCCACAGUCUGGUUGGCGGGCAGUGGCUUCUUCCAUCAAUACAGAAUUCAGGAGGAUUGACAAGUUUGCUACUGGAGCACCAGGAGCAAGGGUGAUUGUUACGGACACCUGGGUGAUUAAAGUGACCACUUACAGUUUACAUGUUGCCCAACAGCAGGACAUUCAUCUGACAGUGACAGAUUCCAGACAACACGAACUAUCACCUGAUUCAAACAUGCCUGUGCAGUUCCUCACCAUCCGUGUUGCCAGUAUUAAUCCCUAUGUGAAAGCUUUUGAUAUCCGGUUGAACUCCUCAGAGUAUGGGGAACUACGAGAGAAACUUCAUGCUCCGAUCCGUAACGCAGCUAACGUUGUGAUCCAUCAGAGCCUCAGUGACUUGUUUCUGGAAACUUUUACAUCGCUGGUGGAAAUUAAUCAGACAUACCCUGUUCCCAGCAAUCAGGAGCUGGAGCCAUGUAUAGGGUGUAUGCAGACUAAUGCAAACAUCAAGCUUGUUAAAAAUUGCCAAGAGCCAAACGAAGGAGAAUGCCAGCAAUGCUACUGUCGUCCUAUGUGGUGCCUGACUUGCAUGGGGAAAUGGUUUGCCAGCCGGCAGGAUCAGCAGCACCCAGAGACCUGGCUAUCAAGCCAAGUGCCUUGUCCAACCUGCCGAGCAAAGUUUUGCAUUUUAGAUGUUUGCAUAAUACAAUGAAUAAUAUCUUGGUACAAUUUACCUUUUGAAAUCUGAAUGUAUUCACAGCAGGGUUGGAUGUGAGCCCCAUUAGAUUUGUUUCUUGCUCUUCUGCUUCUGAAGAGGUAAAAGCUCUGGAGUUUUCUUCUUCAAAGCCCUGAAAAUGGCAACCCAACAUUUUCUUUUCCUUUUCUUCCCACUCCUCAAAAUGUGUUCUCCAUUUUUAUUCACUAACAUCAUAGUUAAAAUUUUAGAUUGUUGAGUUUUGGGGGGGAUUUUGCUUCUCAUUUCCAAACAGUUGGAUGCACUUUAAACCAAUAAGAGUGGCCUAUUUGCUUCCCUUAUAUCAUAGGUGAAAUCCUGGUAAACUAGCUAUAUCUUAAGUGCUAUUUUAGUUACAGGAUUAAGCAUGGGUGUUUAAUGAUUCUUUAGCUAAGGGCUAAUUUUCCUUUAUAAUAAGAUGUACUAAGCAAGUUGCUAUUGCUAAGGAUAGUUGACUCAAAUUGCAGCCUACCUUUCUUCAUCUUGAAUCCAUUUGUAAAGUCCAUUUUAAUUUUUGUGGGCUUUCCUCAAAACAGACAUCUCAGUGUUGUGUUUUUCCUUUCCACCAAAACAGGCCCACAGAUGAACUACUAUAGAGAUCUAGGAAAUUACGCUGUAACUUCUGCAGGGAGUUUAGCGCAAAGAAGAAUAGAAAAUUGUUUAUUUCCAGAUAUAUUUAGUAUACAAGGAAGGUCAGUCAAAAAGGGUGGUUAAUUUAGUUCAUUAACCUGAAGUGCUGUUGGUGCUGUGUAGAGCAUCUUAUAGCUAGAGCUAUUUUUUUCCUGUUCGGAGUCUCAGCACUCUCCAGCUAAUGCUAAUGUUAAGCAUGACUUAUCCAUAUUUGGACGGAGAGCAGCAAUCCUCUCAAUUAUCUGAGUAAUCCAAAAGAAUGUUCGGCUGUGUAAAACCUGUAGCUUUUUCCUCGGCAACUGCUUUUCCAAAUGAAUGGGGUGUCAGGACUGGAUAAGGACGUGUCGCCAUGCUGGCUAUUUCAGGUAUAGACAGAGUGUGGGUUAGACAACACAGUGGUAAAAAUGCCUGUGCUUUCCUAUACCACAGCUUCCACAAUGGAGCUGCACCAGUGCAGAAAAGCAGAGAGAUUUUCCUGGUGCGGACAAGACCGUAGUACUAGCGCGGCAACCUGUGUGGCCUUGUCUACUCUGGCACUUUCCUUAAAACCUCCCACUGAUGCAGCUCCACAAGGGGUAGGUAGUAGCAGUGGGAGUAUAGACAAGGUGCUAGUGGUUGCCAGCAUUUGAAUCACUGUAGGUCAUGUAGGACCACUUUGAGCAGAAGUAGAUGGCGUAGUAUAAAAUAUGAUAGCAGCCACUCUACACUCCGAGCUCCCACCAUUGGUAACAAUUAUGCUUUGAAGAAUUAGAUUUUUAUUGGUAAAUGAUUUCACCAGACAUGCACAAACUGAUGAAACAAUAUUUCCGGCAAUACUAACUGAAAUUUAUAGAUAGGCAAAAUGAGAAAAAUGCUGCUUGAGAACUUAUUAGAGUCCCACCUCAAUGUGUAUAAAGCGUGUUGUAAUGCUGGCUUAGCGGAGCUGAAGCAGGGGUGCCAUUUAGGUAGCUUUAACUUUUUGCAUCUCAACAUCUACUGUCAUUAAAUAAUUAUUGUCUGGACCACCACCACCCUCUUCUCACCCCCCACCCACCCCUAACAAUUUCCUGCAAAGAUGAAAAUUUAAAUAAAUACAAAUCUAAACAAAUGCUUAAAAAUAAACCUCUGUAUUAUCUGCCAAAAUUAUUUUUUUGAAAAUAGUCAGUUCUGCCAAGCAUAGUAAUAAUACAAGCAAUGAGCUGCAAUAGUGGGAGAUUUCAUUUAAACUUUGGUGUAGCCACAGCCUGUGUGGUGUGUAGACACAAGCCAGGCAUGUCAAGAACUGGUUACAAAUAUGGUUAAAACUUGUAUUGUGGACAGGGUUUAAGGACACUUAGAAAUGACAUAUAGGCCUCUUUUUUGUUUUAAUAUUUAUAUAUAUAAACUGCCAGAUUACUUGUAUUUGGGGAAAGUACUCACUUGAGCAUGCUGUUAGGCAUGCACUCUUUACUCUGAAAUACUGGCGACUCUUUAUACUAUAAAUUAAUUAAUUAAUGAUGAUUUUCCUGGGUUUCAUAUCUCAGCUGUUUCAGAUCAUAUGGAAUCGAAACUUGAUACAGAGGCUGGCCAUGUGGAUCUGAAUCUCUUUCAUAAAAAAUUGCUAACUGACAUUAGUUUUUUUUAUUUGACCAGAAUCCAAUUGAAUUCCUUAGCUUCAGGCUUGUGCUAAGUCUGAAAAAAAAUAAAAGCAAGACACUAAUCAUUUAAAAUACAUGAUGCAUGCUCAAGUGAGUAUGAGUUUGUGGAGAGGUUAUUUUGAAGUGACAUUUACAGUAUUCUUUCAGCCUACACUACACAGUCUUAGUGGGCUGAAUUCUGCUCUCAGAUAGGUGCGUGCAUUUCCCUUCUGUAAUAAUUUUUGCAAAUAAAGAUAAUUUAGUAUUUAUUUCAAUCAAGUUUGCAUAACACAAUGGUAAGGAGGUGUGGUCUUUAAUGGAGUAGGCGCAGCAGGGAAAUGGGUAAUCUGACCGUGGCUUUCUCACUGACAGUCACUCAAUUUCUAUGUCUGUUUUCCCACUUGGAAUAAUAAUCUUUUACUGGAGAGGUGUUAUGAAGCUUAAUUCAUAAGGAAUUUGAGAUCCUUGGAUGAAAAGCACUAUAGAACUGCAGAGUAUUUUUUUAAUAAAGUAAAAAUAAGAUGA